AUGAAGCUCGGAGAGACGUUCCCUGCCUUCUCCGCCACGACAAAUCUUGGCAAGAUUGAGAAUUUUCAUGAAUGGAUGGGAAACAGUUGGGCCAUUUUGUUCUCCCAUCCGGCAGACUACACCCCCGUUUGUACGACGGAGCUGGCACGAGCAGCUCAGCUGGCAGAACAAUUUCAUGACAGAAAUGUGCAAAUGAUCGCUUUGAGCUGCGACUCAGCCGAGUCACAUCGUGGCUGGAUUAACGACAUCGUGGCUUAUGCGAAUAAUCCGCUCAUCACAAGUGAAGGUUUUCCUUUCGAAAUAAUCGCAGAUGAGGAUAGAUCACUUGCGACCGCACUCGGUAUGCUGGACCCUGCAGAAAAGGACAGCAAUGGGAUGCCUCUCACAGCUCGUGCGGUUUUCAUAAUCGAUCCCAAGAAACAACUUCGUGCGCAGAUACUCUAUCCUGCAACAACUGGAAGGAACUUCGACGAAAUUCUACGCGUGAUCGACUCAAUGCAGUUAGCUGACCGCAUGCCGGUUGCAACUCCCGAAGGCUGGAAGGACAUGAGAGAGGCGUGUAUGGUACAGCCUAGCGUCACUUCGAGCAAAGCAGAAGAAAUCUUUGGUAAGGUGAAUACAACGUCGCUUCCCAGCGGCAAGUCAUACCUUCGCAAAGUGAAUCUUGUUGAUUGA